UCCACAGCUGCCGAACUAACGCGAGAUUUCAGAUUUCUGACCGUUUGAAAACUUGAGUUGGGGUUCUUCAACUUUAUUAGCUUCUCUGGUGUCUAGCUGUUCACCAGGUUUGGUAUAAUCGGUGGUCUUUAAGUUUAGGAUGGAAUUUCAAGGCACGGAACCAAUGACUCUGGGUUCCCCGACAUCACCCAAGUCCGGCCCGGGCGCCCAGUUUCUCCCCGGGUUUUUGAUGGGGGAUCUGCCAGCGCCUAUCACACCCCAGCCUCGGUCAUUUGGAGUCAUGGAUAUGAGGUCACCACUUCAAACAGGUGGCUCUCCCCCUCAACCUGUGGUUCCUACACCCAAAGACAAGAGUGGGGCCCCUCCAGUCAGGAGUAUCUAUGAUGACCUCUCCUGUCCCGCUGUCGGGAUGUCCCCUAUGGGUGCACAUAAACAGCCAUUCUCAAUGAUGCACACCCCGCUGUCUGGCUAUAUGGCAGUCACACCAGGAACCGCGUCCAGUCUAUUUAGUCCUACUACCAUCGGGCAACAGGCGAAGUCAACUAUGUCUCCAGCCCAAGUAGACCCUUUCUUCACUCAGGGAGACGCACUGUCUUCUGAAGACCAUCUAGAUGAUACAUGGGUCACUGUAUUUGGGUUUCCUCCUGCCUCUGCGUCUUAUAUUCUGUUGCAGUUCGCCCAGUAUGGAAACAUAACGAAACACGUGAUGUCCAAUACUGGUAACUGGAUGCACAUUCAAUAUCAGUCUAGACUCCAAGCAAGAAAAGCUCUUAGUAAAGACGGGAAGAUUUUUGCCGAGGCUAUAAUGAUUGGUGUUAAACCAUGCAUCGAUAAGAAUGUGAUGGAGAGCUCAGACCGAGGCUCUACCUCCUCUGGCUCAGUGUUUACUCCUCCAGUCAGAAAUGGAACCCCCAGCCACCAUGUCUAUACACCUCGCUCCUCUAUGAGGCCCCUCAGUGCAGCCUACAAGGCCUCCAGCAGUGACUACCAGGUGGUGGCAGACGAACAGACCCCAAGGAAAGACGACAGUUUGGUUUCUAAAGCGAUGGAGUACAUGUUUGGCUGGUGAGACGGUCUCCUCCGAUUGGCCCGAGCGCUUUUUAUAUUAUUAAAAACAGGGGGGGGGAGACCCAACAGCAGCCUUCUGUCAUCACUGUGUUGUGUCCUAAAUGGUACCCUAAUGGCCCAAUUGACCCUGGUCAAAAGUAGUGCACUACAUAGGGAAUAGGGUUCCAUAGGGCUCUGGUCUAAAGUAGUGCACUACAUAGGGAGUAGGGGGUAACAUUUGGGGAUCAUCCAGUGUGUCAGUGAUUUGGGGGAACCAAGCCGAUGUGGAUUUCCUCAACCCUGCGACGACUAUAC